AAAUUAUUUAUCUCUGUGGUGUGCGGCGUGUGCGUUAUUUUUUGUGCGUGUGUGUGCGUGCGUUCGAGUUUUAAGAGUUAAGAGUUUAAGUCCGUCGUCGGUGUGUUGCGUGACUACGUCUCUCUCGCUCGCACUAGUCUUCCAUCACGAUAUUAUUAUUGGUAAUUUUUACGUGCUCGUCGUGCCGCGCGUUUCGUUGAAAAUGGCGUUUUCCACCACCGUGAGACGUGACGAGUGACGUCGAGUGCUGUUCGUCAGAUUCGAGUGCGUACCCAGUUGAACCGAGCAGUCCGUCCGCCCAGCGCGCGACGCGUUUUCCGUCCCGUCCGUCACUCACGUUAGGCCCGUCCAUCUAGCACGUACGACCCGGCGUUUAACGACAAUCAAACAUGCUUGGCGCUUAGUGCCCGCCAGUCGUCAGUGGUCAGUCCGUCUCGUGUCAAGUCCAACGCCCGUGACCAGUAAAGUACGGCUGCAAGACUUACGCAACUUCAACGUUCUUAUCUCGCAAACGCUCACCGGCCGUUGUUAUUAUUUUUGUUGUUGUUGUCGUGAUCAUUCGUCGUUUCUGGGCGAGCACAGCCAUGGAAGUCGUCGAAGUUAACGAUUACCAGUGCCAUUCCGACGGCGAAGAGGUCGUCCUGCUGGACCUGGACAAGGCGAACGGUGCCGAAGACUCACCCGAGGUUCACGAAGUGACCGUCGACGACGCUAGCGGCAUGGAUGUUAUAGAGACGUGCGAAGAUGACUCGCAAGAUCGCAUGGAGAUCACCGACGUCGUCAUUGAAAUAAUUCCAAACGAAGAGGGCAGUGCGUCUGUUGAUCCUAUCACUGAUGGUAAUGUCUCUGUAUCCACUGUGAACAAUGUGUCUAACGACCAGACAGCAGAUAAGGAAGAUGACACUCAAAUGAUUGUCGAUGUGGAAGACAAAGUUAUUGAGCCGAUGAAGGAAGUAAAUGAAAUCGAAGAACCCGAUAAAAGCAACAACGACAUUACAUCUGACGUUUCAGGCACUUCUGAAUCUGCCACUAUGGAUAAAGAAGAUGCUGUGAAAAUUAAUGAAGUCAACAAUAAACCUAUUAAGAGUGUAGUAAAUGAAACUAAAAAAGCUGAUGGUUCUUUAGUUUUAACAAAAGAUAAAGUAACCGUUACAAUUCCCCAACAUAUCGCUGGACGUGAUAUGGCGUCUUUGUCUGAAGAAACACUCCCUCGUUCUGGAAAACGAAUGUUAAAACCUAGAUUUGGUGUUAAAGUACCUUACAUUCACAUGACAAGCCAAAUCGUAACCCAAGAUGAAAUAGCUAAGGAGUUAUUUGAAAGAUUUCAACAAAAGUAUCCAAUAACACGUGUUGAUAAACCAGACAAACUCUUUCCAAUGAAAUUAUCACACCGACUGUCUAAUAACAUUUCUGGAUCAAAAACUCCAGAUGGAAAAUCAAAAGACGUAACUAAAAGCCCCAAAAAAUUAUCGAAUAUUAAAAAUGAAUUAUUGAAUAAAAAAACUGAUGUAGACACAAGUAGUAAACCAACAAUAAGUAAACCUGAUCUUAAUAACAAACAAGAUGUUAAAGUACCAAGUUCGACACAAUCCAUAGAAAAUAAUUUAAACAAUAUUCAAAGUCCGGAUGUUCAGAAAUCCAAUAAUAUUUCUAAAGAACCUGUAGAAGUUAACGAUUCCAAACAUAUUGAACAAAUUACUAAUACCCUUCAAAUUUUAGAUCAGUCUGCUGAUCAACAAGUCAAUAAUGUGUCUGAAGAUAAAAAUGAUGAAAAAAUAUCUUCUAAUGAAGAGUUAAUUGCUAUACUCGAAGAUUUUGAGACUAUUGAAACACCAGAUACAAACGGUAACCAAGUUACAGAAGUACCAUUGGCAGUGCCGAUACCAGCACCAGCACCAACACCUCUAAAACCACCAGUAAUUAAAAAGAAAAUAAUGCGAAGCACUACCAGAACUAAAAGAUCUAAACCAAAAUUGGACCCAGAGUUAGAAAAGCAAAUAGCUUUAAAACAGCUUCAAGAAGUUUCAAGACCAAAAAGAUUUGAUUCUCUUUAUGCUAAAAGAAAAAUAGAAAUUGAUAAGAAAUUAUUAGCCAAAAAUGAUCUUGGUUCUGUUUUAAAACGUAAGAAACCAACACCCGAUGAUGUACCUGAAGUUAAAAUAGCUAUUGAUCAAUAUAUUAAAUCAUAUACAGACAAACGUCAAUCAAUCAUUAAAGUGGAACCAAUUUCCAAUGAUGAGACUGUUAGUGAGAAUACUGAAGAAGAAAUUGUGCCUGAAAUUAAAACUAAUGAUGUCGUUAAGGCAAGGACAAUGAGAGAAAUAAAUCGUCUUUUGGGUGAUGAAGGAGCAAUAAAUAUGAUUUAUUCUCUUGAAAAAAGAAGAUCUCCCGGAAAUAAUAAUGCAAAGAAUAUUCUUCCCUCAACUAGGCGCAAGAAAAAAGACUUAAUGUUGAAAACUAAAUUAGUUAAAAAUGCCAUGCUUAAAAUGAGUUCCCCAACUACUGCGUCAUUGUCAUCUAAUCGCCUUGGGCGGCGUUCAGAUGUGUGUACUCCAUCUAUUUCACCUGAGAAUAAGUGUACAAGAAAAACUUCUAUAGAUUCACAAGGUUCUGAUCAGUCAAUAAAAUGUUUGGGAAAUUUCUCUGGUAGAAAAACAAUUCCAGCUGACGAGUCUAAAAUUAUCAGAAAACAUUCGUCUAGUAGUGAAGCAUCUAGUGUUGGUGGUAGCCCAAUACUUCCAGUUCCUGAAGCAAUACCUAUUAAUAACUCAACUAUUAAACAUACACCUGUAAAAGCUUUGAGAGUAUAUACCCGAAAAAAUAAAAACUCCAAUGAUAUACUAUUGAAUUCAAGUGAUCCACCAUUGGUUGAAGUAAGCAAAGGAACAAACAAAAGUUUGGCUAAAACCAAGAAUUCUAACAACCAAAAAGUUAAAAAACAAUUAGUACCAGCAUCAACAAAACUUUCAAGAUCAUUAGCAGAAAGCAUCAAAAAAGAGGUUGAAGAUACUACUUAUAAUGAAAUCACUUUAAGACGUUAUGAUGGAGUAGUACAUAUUACAUUAACACCAGUUUCAACUGUUAUGAAAAAUGCUUUAAAUAUAUCAGUAAUGGAAGAAUUGAUGAAAGAGUUGAAUAAUUUAGAAAAUGAUGAUACUUGUAAAGUGGUUCUAGUAUCUUCGGCUGGCAGAAUAUUUUGUCAAGGUUUGGAUAUAGCACCUCUUAUACAUGAUGAUCCAGAGAAAUGUAAAGAAGCAGCUUUAAACAUUUCAUCUACUCUUAAAAAAUUUAUCUCAUGCUUAAGUAAUUUUCCCAAAUUACUUGUAGCUGGUGUGGAUGGAGCAGCAGUUGGACUUGGUGCUACUAUGCUAGUCCACUUUGACUUGGUUUUUGCUAGUGAUAAAGCAACUUUUGAAACACCUUAUACACAACUUGGUCAUAUUGCCGAAGGUGCAGCCACAACUAUUUUAGGUAGACUUUUAGUCGCUGAAAUGAUUAUGGGUAGUCAGAGAUUAACUGCUGGCCAAGCUCACUAUUAUGGACUGGUGACCAGAACACUAUGGCCAGAUCGAUUCCACGAUGAAUUAAUACCAUUGGUCAAAGCAUUAGCUAGACAAUCAUUACAGGCAAUGAUAACUUCUAAAGCUCUUCAAAAACAAGAAACCAAAGAAAAAUUGGCAAAGGCAUUAGAGUCUGAAACACAUAUCUUAGUACAGCAAUGGACUGGUGAUGAAUGUCAACAAAACUUACAAGCAUACUUGAAAGAUGCUGUUGACAACAUUAAUAACUAAUUAUAUAAUGAAUUUAUAAUUUAUUUAGUGUUAACUGUGCGGCCUCAAAAGUUAAUAUUUUUAUGGGGUUAAAAAGCUACUCAUCGGAAACGCUGUAUAGAGAUUUAGCUGUUGUUGAUAGGUAGCCAAUAUCUAAAUUAUAGAGGAUUUAGAAUAACUUUUAUACUCUAAUUAUUUCCAACUGAUCAUUUUUAUAACUAACAAUUGUAUUUUAUUUUAAUUAGGUUUUUUGGUUAGAUUAUUGAUUGUAAGCAAUUACUUAUAACUAUACCUUAGCAAUUUUUUAUUUUCAACCAAUAAAGGGUGCAUUUCACUGGCAUUUAUUAUAGAAAAAGACAAUAUCACGUUUUGGCUCUUUACUUUUCAUUGAUAUUUUAUUACAUUUUAUUUUUUUGAGCACCGGCAUUUAUAAUUUUUUUUUUAUAUAUAUAAUAAUGAUUGAUGUAUAUUAUUUUAAAAUAACAAUACAAAACUUUAAUUAUGGUACUCCUAUUUUGUUUAGGUGUAUUUAUUUAAAAUGUUUAAGUUUGAACUACUUUAGUAUACAAUUUAUGUUAUUUUCUCAUACAUUAUUUAUU